AUGGAUAGGAAGGAUAUACACUCUUUCAAAUUUAAUAAGUACUAUUGUAGUAUUUAACAUAUUUCUUUAUAGUGCUUUUGGACUUGUUACUGUAAUUAGUUUUUUCAUUUUAAAUGUCCAUGGUUAACAACCUUGAUAAUUGCAAUAUACUAUAUAGUCAUAAAGAAAUGUAUCAUUUCUCAUAAAUAUUGGAUGAUAAGAAAUUACGCAAUAACUUCCUCUGCUAUUACUUUUAGAAUCAUUUUUAGUAUAUUUAUACCAAUCUUAGGUCUUGAAAUUGCAUAUCAAAUAGGUGCAUCAAAUUGCUUUUUUUGGAAUAUUAUCUUGGCUGAAAUAAUCAUCAAAAAGUUAAAAUAAAUACAUAAUGUAAAUUAAUCUAGCCCUGGAUAAGCUACCUAAGUAGCUAAUUCAGACAUUAUUAAAGGCGUAGAUAAAUCUCCAUCAGAUCCUAUGAACUUAUAAGAGUAGAUUUGA